AUGUCAAGCAUCCAACUUCAUUUUUCGUCGUGAAUGGCGUUAUUUCCAUUUGUUAUUGUUUAUCUUAAUUCUAUAUUCUUUAAUUUCAUAAAUUAAUUAAUACUGAGAGAAGAAAACACAAUUCAAAAUGACGAAAAGAAAUCUUUGGGGCUACGAGGAGACUCUAACCUUAAUUUCGAUUAUCGAGGAAAAGGAAUGCCUUCAGAAACUCGAAGAGAAAAAGUACAAAACCAAUCAAAUUUACCAAUUAAUUGAACAAGAAAUGUUUGCUCGUGGAUAUUAUGAUAAAAAUGCCAAACAAAUGGAAUUUCGGUGGCAAAAUUUGAAGAAAAUAUUCUACAAAGAUCGCAAGACAAUCGAGGCCGGCGACAAGGAUCACAAAGUGUCACCAUACUAUGACCAAGUGGAAGCUGUUUUAUCCAAUCGAACGAAAGUCAAGAAAAAAGAAAAUGUUGAAAUGAGUACGCUGUCAGUGAAUCCAAUAAAUACCAUUGAUAAUGGACAUUUUUCAACGGAUGAAGACGAAGAACGCGUAAUAGAGCACGACAUUGAGCUAGAUCUCCCCAAGACAGAAAUGCCCACCUUCGAGGAGUGUUUUCCAAGUCUACCAACCCCUAAACCGCGAAUAGAUCUGAAGAGGCCCCGCGAGAUAGACAGUGUUUCGAAAAUCGAUGCCUUCCAAGAGAAAAUCAAAAAGGUUACCAGAGAGCUGAACGAAGAUCUAUUUAGGAAACAAAAAGAGCUGAUUGAAUACGAGUUCAGAUUGUUCGCCAACUAUACCACGGGGCGAGACGAGAAAUUCAAGGAUAUCAUGUCGCAAAACACGCAAACCUUCCUCAGUGGCAUUCGAGAUCUACUGCAAGAGAACAACAAUAAUUCGAAGGUCAAAUCAAUCAACCACCCGAAAUCCAGGCUAUCAGAAGCAAGGCAAGUCGAAUCAAUCGAAGAUCAUAAUAUCAAACAAUUCUUUCAAAGUUGGGAUCAGGAAGCGAACAGAAAAUAAUCAUAAUAACUUUUAAAUUCUUGGGAACUGUUUUUUUGUUUCGUUUGUGUACUUUUUUCUUUAUAUUUACUUCAACAAUAAACAAGAUAGAUUUUGAUUUA